AUGACUGAUUUAGUGGAAGAAUAUGGAGCCUAUGUUUUGUUGCUUCAAGUCAACCAUCUAACAUGGUUGUCUGUUGAUUUGGAUAAUACAUUGGAGAUGGAUGCGGCAUGUGAAAAAGAUCAAAGGCCUAGCCGGGCAAAGGAACUUGGAUCUUCUUUGAUAGUAUCGACAAAUAGUGCUUUGGCCGCAGCGAAAGAAUCCGCUAGUGUGAAAAUGAGGACUCCCAAGGAGCUGGACAAAUGGAUUGAGUUAAUGUUUGAUGUAUACCAUCUCAAUAAGGAGGACAGUGACAACAAGGAAGCCAAGCAGAUGCCUCAGCCCGCUAUUAUACGAAGUUUGUUCAUUCUAAAAGAAACCAUUGAAGAAGAAAACUUUGGAGAAGAUUACAUUUCGGAUGCAACCAGAAGGGAACACUAA